AUGGCCGAAGACAGUCCGUUUUCCUUCUUUCUAGAAUCUUUGAAAAUUGAAGCAGAGACCAUAGCUAAAAUGCAAAAUGACGAGGACAAUAUACAUAUCACUUUAUAUGAUAUUGGUCGAAGUCACCGAGUAGGUCCUCGUCAGGAAAAUCGGCCACGUGACAUAAUUGUGAGAUUCCUUAGUUAUCGAUGUCGUGCAUUGGUAUUUGGCAAGAAGUCGAAUCUGAAAGGAUACAACCGUGACAGAAAUUUCAAGAUUUUCGUUAAUGAGGCUUUAACAAAGAAUCGUGCAGGUAUUUUCAAACGGGUGCGUGAUCUUCAUAAAGAGAAGCUGAUCGACAGCUGUUGGACCUAUGACGGGAGGAUCUGCAUCAAAACUCUUCAGAAUAAGAUUGUAACCAUACAAUCUGAGUCUGACUUGGUAGAAUUUGUCGUUCCUUUAUUAGACUAUUCAGUGCCUCAAACAAACGAAAAUAUCGUGAGGGAACCUAACCCAAGAGAUAUCCGAGUGCCAAGUCAAGCGGCUAACCCCGUCCCAACCACGAUGCCUGGUCCCUCUAACUUGUCGUUUAAUACUGGACCAUCCUCCACAUCGACUCCCGUCCCGAAGAUAACUGAUUUUUUCACAAACGGUCGAAGACAUGUUGCACCUGCUACAUCCGCUUCUGGUUCUAUCGUUAAUAGAGAGGCUUCAGAUGGUAAACGCAGUGUAAUAUGUGGAGGUCUAGCAGUAUUUGCUAUGUAUCCGUUCGAAAAUUCCAUAUCUGUAGUGCAGAAAAGGUCCUGGGGUCUGUGUGUACUCAAAAUCAGUAGUGUAUCUCGAUCUAAUAUCUCUAGUGACCUCUUCAUCAUAUUCGUUUAUAUUCCUCCCGAAUCCAGUUCUUUUCACAGUCUGUGUGAUUUUGACAUUUUUCUUGAGCUUCAUCAAACUUGUUUGGAAUUCCAAAAGUUGGGCAGUAUUAUCGUCUGUGGCGAUCUAAAUAGCAGAACCAGUACUGUCUCUGAUCAGAUAUUCCCCUUAAGUGAUGACCGGUUUAUUUCGAACAGCUUUUUUGAUCAAUGUGAUGUCUCUGUAAAUUAUAAAGAUAGAUCUUCCGAGGAUGUUGUUGUCAACAACUUCGGUAGAAAACUACUUGAUUUAUGUAAAUCAAUUGGUUGUGUGAUUGUGAAUGGCCGACAGGGGUCGGACUCUAAUGUUGGUAAAUUUACUUUUAAUUCCUCAAGAGGUUCCAGUGUCAUUGAUUAUGUUUUAGCAGAUCCCUUCUCUUUUGAAUGUUUAUCCAAUUUUACUGUUGAAAACGCAUCAGAAUUUUCAGACCACUGUGCAUUAUCCUUUGGUUUUAACUAUAAUCCUGAAACUGUGAACUUGAAACGUCCCCCCGAAAGUCUUGAAACUGUUUUCAUUAAGUGGGAUUCUAAAAGGUCCGAUGAAUUCAGGCAAUCUUUAACCAACCAAUUGAUAAAACUAAAUGAGCUAGUGGACUCCUAUGCUAGUUGUAACGAUGUUAACAUACUUGUUAAGAAUAUAACUUCUCUAUUUUAUGAUAUUUCUGUAUCAUGCUUCGGUCGCAAACAAAAAAUACGGAAUAAUUCUAGACGUUUUUCAUCCAAAUUGAAACAUAAUGAGUGGUAUGAUUCUAAUUGUAGGAAAGCUAGGUCUAAAUUUAACCGGAGUCGAAACAGAUUCGUAAAGACGCGUACAGAUUAUGAUAGAUUAAUUUUCUGUGAACACAGAAAACUUUUCAAUCGAACAAAACGCCGGGCUAAAUUUAGUUUCGGUAAGGAAUAUGGUAGGCGACUCAGUGCUCUUCAUAGAUCAAACCCAAAAGAAUUUUGGAAAUCCUUGAAAACCCAAAAACGAUUUACUCGCAAAUCAAGUUUAACUUCUACUGAUUUCUUUAAUCAUUUCAGUGCGUUAUAUAAUCAUCAAUCAGAGAUUAAUAAUGUUGCCAUUGAAAACACCAACAAUAUAUGUAUUGGGUCACUUGACUACGAAAUAAGCUCUGAUGAGGUUUUAUUUGCCAUUCGAAAACUUAAGUACGACAAAAGUUGCGGUCCCGAUCAAAUUUGUAAUGAAUUUUUCAUCGAAAGUUCGGACAUCUUACUUCCGUUUCUUCGCAAGUCAACGGUAAUAUCUGUACUUUCAUAUGCAUCCGAGGUUUGGGGUCUGCUUCCUGGUAAUUCUUUAGAAAAUAUUCAAAACGAUUUCGUGAGGUACAUUCUCCGUCUAGGAAAAGGCACCCCGCUAGCAGCAGCAUUGGGAGAAGUUGGUCUUUUCCCAUUGUCAAUUUUGCGCAAAAUCACGUCUCUUAAAUUCUGGUAUAAAGUCGUUUGUUCUGACAAUCCUUUGAUUUUUGGUGUAUAUAAAAUUCUAUGUCAAGAUGAAAUGAAUGGCAAGCGUAAUUGGGUUUCUGGUAUUAAAUUUCUUUUUAACGAACUCGGGCUAACAUUUGUCUUUGAGAACCCUCAGCUUUUCAACCCAUCUGAGAUUAAAAGGCGAAUUGAAGACCAGUAUCUUCAAACUUGGCAUUCGAAUCUCGAGAAUUCCAGCAAGCUCCGGUUCUAUAAAAAUUAUAAAUCUUCAUUCGAGUUCGAAUCGUAUCUUGAUGCAAACAUCGGUGACAAAUUCAAAUUCCUUAUUUGUAAAUUUCGUGUCGGAAAUCUGAAACUCCAUAUUGAAAUAGGUCGUUUCAAUAAAACUAUUCGUGAGAAGAGAUAUUGUUUGUGUUGCAAGUCUAAGUACAUUGAAGAUGAAUUUCACUUUCUUUUAUGUUGUCCAACUUAUAAUAUAAUUCGCCGUCAGUUUUUCCACCGUCAAUUCUGGUCAUUUCCAUCUUUAUACAAAAUGAACAGAUUAAUGACCCCACAAACAGAUAGAGAACUUUUAAAUCUAGGUAAAUUUAUCUUCCAAGCUAAUUCCAUGAGAAAUCAACUUUUAUAUGAAUAA